UAAAUUAUGCCUCAUAAAUGUUGUACCGCCAAAACUUGAAUUUCAAAUCUUUCGGCAAGUUUGGUGCGCGGCUUUUGAUACAACUGCAUCAGGAUGUUGUCAUACACAGGCUCUCCAGUUACAGGUUGUAGUGAUAAUCAUAUUCAGACUUCCAACGAUAAAACUUCACCACCGAAAAAAGAGCUUGUGAAGACACAAAAUCACAAUGAAAUGCAGUACCUGGAGUUAAUUCAACACAUUAUUGACCAUGGAGCAAAGAAAGAGGACAGAACAGGUCUAAAUCACAGAGAAGUUGGUGACCUUGGUCCAGUGUAUGGCUUUCAGUGGCGUCACUUUGGAGCUACAUACGAGAACAUGCAUACAAACUAUGAUGGCCAAGGAGUGGAUCAGUUGGCUAAUGUGAUUGACAAGAUUAAAAAUAACCCUGAUGACAGGAGGAUUAUAAUGUCAGCCUGGAAUCCUGUCGAUUUACCAAACAUGGCUCUUCCACCAUGUCACUCAUUUGUUCAAUUUUAUGUCUGUAAUGGAGAACUUUCCUGUCAGCUUUAUCAAAGAUCUGGGGACAUGGGACUUGGAGUACCUUUUAAUAUUGCUAGCUAUUCACUUUUGACCUACAUGAUUGCCCAUGUCUGUGGCUUAAAGCCUGGUGAAUUUGUGCACACACUGGGAGAUGCACAUGUGUACCUGAAUCACAUUGAUGCUUUAAAAAAGCAGCUUGAGAGGGAGCCUCGCCCAUUCCCCACCCUGAAGAUUACUCGCGAGGUCCCAAACAUUGACAGCUUCAAGUUUGAUGACUUUGAGAUCAUUGGAUACAACCCAUACCCAACUAUCAAAAUGCAAAUGGCUGUCUAAGGGUUUAAACAACUUUUUCCAUAAGCAGCCACUGAUGGUGUAAAUUGUAGGAAGCUGUGCCUGGAAAGGAUGCUGUAAGGUGAAACCCAAACACAAGAGCCUGCUUGCUGGCAAAACAGACAGGUUGUGAGGGGUCUUAAAGACUGCCAUUGACCAGCUUUUAAUGAAAACUCUGCAUUUUACAUUUGAAAUCAUACCAACAAAGUAAGGAAAUUUUUUAGUUUGCGAUAUGACUGCUGAACACUAAUGUAGUCAAAUUAGCAACUUUUCCUAUAAAUUCAUUAUUUUCCCUACUUCCCAUGAAAACCAAAUUAGUUGUAGCAUGGAGGGCUUAUUUUGGUGUGGAUCACUAAGCAAAGUGAAUGAAUAUGUAUUUUUAUAAAACAGAGCGUUUACUUUUCUGCAUGAUUUAAUCUUUUUGUACAAUUGGUAUUAAAAAGUAUGUUUUCUUUAUUUAGAA